GGUUCGAGUUUUAAGGAGAGGAUAAUGAAGUGUUUUAUUGUCUUGGCUUUAUUGGUGGCUACGGCCACUGCCACACCCACUCUUCAUAAAUUGAAGAGUAAAUUGUUGGGCGGAGGUUUGGGUGGUGGCAUUGGUGGUGGAUUUGGAGUUGGUUAUGGUGGAGGCGGCGGUGGCGGUUAUGGCGGUGGUGGUUAUGGAGGUCAUGGUGUUUAUGGCGGUGGUGGAGGUUAUGGAGGCCAAGGUUAUAGCGGUGGCGGAUAUGGAGGUCAUGGCGGUUAUGGUGGCGGCGGUGGUUACAAUAAAGGCAGAGGUGGUGGUGGUGGAUAUGGUGGUCAUGGCUAUGGCGGUGGUGUUGGAGGUGGUAACUAUGGUGGCCAUGGAGGUUAUUCCGGUGGCCAAGGUGGUUACGGCCAGGGUGGUUAUGGCGGUGGUCACAGUGGUGGUUGGGGUGGCAAUAGCGGAGGUGGUGGCUGCAACACUUGCGGAAAUCAAUUGUAUGGUGGUGGCGGUGGUAAUAGCGGUUCCUAUGCCACAGCUUCUGCUCAAGCAUCUGCAUCCAGUGGCAGCUACUCCAAUAGUUGGUAA